AUGCCUCCGAAGAAGAAGACAACCACUCCGGCGGCGCCCACCGCUCAGCCCUCACAACCCAAGGCCACCGCCGCUAAGACCACGGCUCCCAAAGCGCCUGAAAAGGCGGCGCCAAAGGCCGCCCCCAAGACUGAGCCCAAGAAGGAAGCGAAGGAUAAGCCGAAAGCGACCACAACUCAGACCAAACCCAAGGCUGUGACACAACCGAAGACAUCAGCCAAAGGCCAGCCCUCGGCCGCGAAGGCAAAGGCGAAGGCAGUGAAUGCGUCGAAGAAAGUGACGAAAGGAAACUUCCUGAAGAAGUCGCGCAAAAUCCGGACAACCGUUCACUUCCAUAGACCACAUGUGAAGCAUUUGCCGCGGAAUCCGAAGUACCCGCGAAAGAGUGUCCCUCACAGACCACGUCUCGACAAGUACUCAAUCAUUAAGCAUCCGCUGACCACUGAGUCAGCCAUGAAGAAGAUUGAGGACAACAACACUCUCGUCUUCAUUGUGAACCUGAAGGCCAAUAAACCGCAGAUCAAGAUGGCUGUGAAGAAGUUGUAUGACAUCGAUGUCUCCAAAGUGAACACUUUGAUCCGACCGGACGGCCAGAAGAAGGCGUACGUACGUCUGGCCCCCGAUUACGACGCCCUCGACGUCGCCAACAAAAUAGGAAUUAUUUAA